AUGAAUAUGUAUAGACACGAGACAUACUUGGCUAUUUAUUUUACCAUCUUAUGUGGAAUUUGCGUGAAUGACUUUGUAAAAGGAAAGAGCCUCUACGAGUGCCUGGUUGGUAUGGUUGAGAAGAGAGUGCAGCACUUUUUCCUGUCCUUGUUCUUGGUGGGGGCGCUGUACGUAUUAGGAAAAGCUCUUGUUGACGUGACGAUAGGCGAGCUGGCCCCGCUGGAAAAAGAGGGCGUGCAAGAGAACUCGAUGAGGUACUUCGGGAGCAUACUGCUGGCGGUCACUUUGUUUGCGGACAAUAUUACAGUCCGCACUUCUGUUCUUUUUGCGUUUGUUUUUGGCGUGAAAGUGCUCCAUUGGAUCAUGGGGUUCAGAAUAGAAGCAAUGGAGAAAAGCGGCGCUUUGUAUCUGCGCAUGGAAAGAGUGACAAUCUUGGCACUCGUCCUCUUCACAGCCGACCUUUUGCUUGCGUACCGCUUUAUUUCCUCUGCGCUCUCCACGCCCAGCAUAUCCAUUCUGUUUGGGUUUGAGUUUUUCGUCAUGUUUGCAUACUCCAUCCGGUCUCUGUAUGCGCUCGGCGUACUAUACCUAGUCAAAGACAAAGAGUCGGGGAUUGAAGACCGCAUAUUUUUAAUUUUCUACGGGGACUUUGUGUUCUGCUUGCUGAAAAUACUCGCGCAUGCGCUGUGUCUUAUAUGGACGUCUGUGCACUUUAAGAUGCCUAUAAAUCUGCUGAGGGACGGAAUAUUUGCCAUAAAGCACCUGAUUGUGCGGACAAAAAGCAUGCUUGCGUAUAGAUCGCUGGUUGUUUUCCUGGAGGGGUGCCCAGACGCGUCAGAGGCCGAGGUGGAAGAGAACAAAACAUGUCUGAUCUGCCACGAAGACAUGAAGGUCGGCAAAAAGCUGGAAUGUGCACACAUCUUCCAUCUGGCGUGCUUAAAGGAGUGGCUGCAUAGACAGCAGGCGUGCCCUGUGUGCAGAAAGGUUGUGGCCCCGAAAAGGGCGGAGCCUGGGCCUACGCCUACGUCUACGCCGUCAAGCGAAGAGUCCCGUGCUGAAGGCGUUUCGUCGGUCCUGCAAAUGGCCCUGGGCAGCCAGAACGGGGAUGAGUACGAGGGCGUUCCUGUGAUGGUUUUAGAAAACGAGCAGCCCUAA